GAGCGAGCCAGGGCCGGCCGUGCACAGCAGGAGCCUCCUCGUGGAGGAGGGAGCGAAGGAAAGGGGCGGCCCAGCCACCUCUGCUCGAGGCAGCGAAGGAAGAAGAAAAUCAGGGCCCAUACCCACCGCCUCAGACUCAGGAACGCCCCCGCCCCCAUCUCCCCGGAAACAGCCCCCCGCCCAGCCCCGCAUACUCGCUGGUCCCGUCGUGAGCCGCAGCCCGGCCGCCCCCGCCUCGCCCCGCCCCGCCGUCCGUCCCCGCGGGCUGACGAGUGCGCGAGGCCCUAGGCCGGGAGUUGUUGUCAGGCCCAGGCCACUUCCGAGGCGCCCGCGGCGUGUCGCCGCCACCAUAGAAGGACGACGUCGACGCGAAGGGGGAGGUGGCGGAGGCGUGUUGUUGUCUCGCCCACUCCCUCCCUGAACUGGCACCCAACGUCAGGGCGCGAUGGAGUGAAGCGGGGGCGAGGGUGGUACUUCCGCGUUGCGCUGCCGGAGCCUAGAGCUCGGCCGAGGCCGCUCCCCCACCCCCGGGGGCACUUGGAGGACUCCGGACUCCCCCGCAGGUCAGCGCCCGGCGCAUCUGGUGUUUCUGCUGCCGAGGAUAGGACGGCGAGCGCGAUCGGGGGCUCAGCCGCCGGAUUUCUGCUGCCUUCAGGCCUGGAGGCCGCUGCGUACCGCACUGUGACCUGGAAGCCAGGGACCCAAGUCCCGACCCGGAUUAUAGUGGCGCGUCUCCCGGCCGGCCCUGGUGCUCGGUGUCCCUCUGCCGCCGCCGUCGUUCCCGUUUCCGGCAGGCGACAUGGCCAGGAUCUGAGCCGGGACGAGGCCGCACCCGCGCCGCGCUCUGCGGCGGGCUCUAGGCGAUGCCGAGCAGCUCGGACACGGCGCUGGGGGGAGGCGGGGGCCUGAGCUGGGCGGAGAAGAAGUUGGAGGAACGCCGCAAGCGGAGGCGAUUCCUGUCCCCUCAGCAGCCGCCGCUGCUGUUGCCGCUCCUGCAGCCGCAGCUCCUGCAACCGCCACCGCCCCCGCCGCCUCUGCUCUUCCUGGCCGCUCCCGGCACGGCCGCCGCCGCAGCCGCCGCCGCCGCGGCCUCCUCCUCUUGCUUCAGCCCGGGGCCCCCUCUGGAGGUCAAGCAGCUGGCGAGAGGCAAGAGGCGCGCAGGAGGGCGGCAGAAGCGGCGCCGCGGGCUCCGCGCCGGGCAGAAGGCGGAGAAGCGUCGGGUCUUCUCGUUGCCCCAGCCGCAGCAGGACGGCGGUGGCGGUGCUAGUAGCGGCGGGGGUGUGACCCCGCUGGUGGAGUACGAGGAUGUGAGCUCCCAGUCCGAGCAGGGGCUGCUGCUGGGGGCGGGCAGCGCGGCAACGGCGGCGACGGCUGCCGGGGGAACGGGGGGCAGCGGCGGGAGUCCGGCCUCCUCCUCCGGCACCCAGCGGCGCGGGGAGGGGUCCGAGCGCAGGCCCCGGCGGGACCGCCGCAGCAGCAGCGGCCGCAGCAAGGAGCGACACCGCGAGCACCGGCGGCGGGAUGGGCAGCGCGGCGGCAGCGAGGCCUCCAAAUCCCGCAGCCGCCACAGCCACAGCGGCGAGGAGCGGGCCGAGGCCGCCAAGAGCGGCAGCAGCAGCAGCAGCGGCGGCCGCCGGAAGAGCGUCUCGGCCACGUCCAGCAGCAGCAGCAGCCGCAAGGACCGAGACCUGAAGGCUCACCGGAGCCGGACUAAGUCGUCCAAGGAGCCGCCGUCGGCCUACAAGGAGCCGCCCAAGGCCUACCGGGAGGACAAGACCGAACCCAAGGCCUACAGGCGGCGGCAGCGGUCGCUGAGCCCGCUGGGAGGUCGGGACGACAGCCCGCUGUCCCACAGGGCCUCGCAGAGCCUGAGGAGCCGCAAGUCCCCCAGCCCGGCAGGAGGUGGCAGCAGCCCUUAUUCUCGGCGGCUGCCGCGCUCCCCAAGCCCCUACAGCCGCCGCCGCUCCCCCAGCUACAGCCGCCACAGCUCCUACGAGCGGGGCGGCGACGUGUCCCCCAGCCCCUACAGCAGCAGCAGCUGGCGGCGCUCCCGCAGCCCCUACAGCCCUGUGCUCAGACGGUCUGCCAAAUCCCGAAGCAGAAGUCCAUAUUCAUCUAGGCAUUCAAGAUCUCGUAGCAGGCACAGAUUAUCUAGAUCUAGGAGUCGUCAUUCUAGCAUUUCUCCUAGCACACUUACUCUGAAGAGUAGCCUGGCAGCUGAAUUGAACAAGAACAAAAAAGCACGAGCUGCAGAGGCAGCAAGAGCUGCAGAAGCAGCGAAAGCUGCAGAGGCAGCUAAGGCUGCUGAAGCUGCUGCCAAAGCUGCAAAAGCCUCAAACACUUCUACACCUACCAAGGGUAACACAGAAACUGGUGCCAGUGCAUCACAGACAAACCAUGUGAAGGAUGCGAAGAAACUUAAAAUUGAGCAUGCACCUUCUCCCUCAAGUGGUGGAACUGUAAAAAAUGACAAGGCAAAAACAAAGCCACCUCUUCAAGUAACAAAGGUGGACAAUAAUUCUAUUGUAGAUAAAGCCACCAAGAAAGCAGUUGUAGUUGGGAAGGAGAGUAAACCUGCUGCUACAAAGGAGGAACCAGUAUCUCUUAAAGAGAAAACUAAACCACUUACACCAAACAUAGGAGCCAAGGAGAAGGAGCAACAUGUGGCUAUGGUGACCUCUACAUUACCACCAUUACCUUUGCCUCCCAUGCUGCCUGAGGAUAAAGAUGCUGAUAGCUUGCGAGGAAAUAUUUCAGUAAAAGCAGUUAAAAAAGAAGUAGAAAAGAAACUCCGGUGUUUACUUGCUGAUUUACCACUGCCCCCUGAGCUACCAGGAGGAGAUGAUCUCUCAAAGAGCCCAGAGGAAAAGAAAACAGCAACACAGUUACAUAAUAAAAGGAGGCCUAAAAUAUGUGGGCCUCGCUAUGGUGAAAUCAAAGAGAAAGAUAUUGACUGGGGAAAACGCUGCGUGGAUAAAUUUGAUAUCAUCGGCAUUAUUGGAGAAGGUACUUAUGGACAAGUUUACAAGGCCAGGGAUAAAGACACUGGAGAAAUGGUGGCCUUAAAAAAAGUACGUCUGGAUAAUGAAAAGGAAGGCUUUCCAAUUACAGCAAUUCGAGAAAUUAAAAUUCUCCGGCAGCUUACCCACCAGAGUAUUAUCAAUAUGAAGGAAAUAGUGACUGAUAAAGAAGAUGCUUUGGAUUUUAAGAAGGACAAAGAGCCACCACCAACAAGGCCCUCACCAGAUGUGUUCCCUGGACUUUGGACUUCCCAGCCUCUGAACUGUGCAUUUUAUCUGGUGUUUGAAUAUAUGGACCAUGAUUUGAUGGGACUACUGGAAUCAGGCUUGGUUCAUUUUAAUGAAAAUCACAUAAAGUCAUUUAUGAGACAGCUCAUGGAAGGUCUGGAUUAUUGUCACAAGAAGAACUUCUUGCAUAGAGAUAUUAAAUGUUCGAAUAUCCUUCUGAAUAAUAGAGGGCAGAUAAAACUUGCAGAUUUUGGACUUGCUCGAUUAUAUAGCUCAGAAGAAAGUCGCCCAUAUACUAACAAGGUCAUCACUUUAUGGUACCGUCCGCCUGAAUUGCUAUUGGGAGAAGAACGCUAUACACCAGCUAUUGAUGUAUGGAGCUGUGGAUGUAUUCUUGGUGAACUGUUCACUAAAAAACCUAUAUUUCAAGCAAAUCAGGAACUUGCACAACUAGAAUUAAUAAGCCGUAUAUGUGGGAGUCCAUGUCCUGCAGUGUGGCCUGAUGUAAUCAAACUACCAUAUUUCAACACCAUGAAACCAAAGAAGCAAUAUCGCCGAAAGUUAAGAGAAGAAUUUAUUUUUAUUCCUGCAGCUGCACUAGACUUAUUUGAUUACAUGCUCGCCUUGGAUCCUAGUAAGCGCUGCACUGCUGAACAGGCUCUUCAGUGCGAGUUCCUACGAGAUGUAGAACCCUCAAAAAUGCCUCCACCAGACCUUCCUUUAUGGCAAGAUUGUCAUGAGUUAUGGAGUAAAAAGCGAAGACGACAGAAGCAGAUGGGCAUGACUGAUGAUGUUUCCACAAUUAAAGCCCCCAGAAAGGACUUGUCUCUGGGCUUGGAUGACAGCAGAACCAGCACACCCCAGGGUGUCCUGCCGUCUUCACAGCUGAAAUCUCAGGGCAACUCAGUUGUAGCACCUGUAAAAACAGGCCCUGGACAGCAGUUAAACCACAGUGAAUUGGCAAUUCUACUAAACCUACUACAGUCUAAAACAAGUGUUAAUAUGGCUGAUUUUGUCCAAGUGUUGAACAUUAAGGUAAACUCUGAGACUCAACAGCAGCUAAAUAAAAUAAACCUUCCUGCUGGAAUUUUGGCAACAGGUGAAAAACAGACAGAUCCAUCAACACCACAACAGGAGUCUUCGAAACCAUUGGGAGGAAUUCAGCCUUCUCAGACCAUCCAGCCUAAAGUGGAGACUGAUGCUGCCCAGGCGGCUGUGCAGAGUGCAUUUGCAGUUCUGUUGACUCAGUUAAUAAAGGCUCAGCAGUCAAAGCAGAAGGAUGUGCUACUAGAAGAGAGGGAAAAUGGAUCGGGACUUGAAGCGUCUUUACAACUCAGGCCACCUCCAGAACCUAGCACUCCAGUAUCGGGGCAAGAUGACCUCAUCCAGCACCAAGAUAUGAGGAUAUUGGAGCUAACACCCGAACCAGACCGGCCUCGGAUUCUGCCUCCUGAUCAACGACCUCCUGAACCUCCUGAACCACCACCAGUCACUGAGGAAGACCUAGACUAUCGGACAGAAAACCAGCAUGGACCCACCACUAGUUCUUCGUUAACUGACCCUCAUGCCGGAGUGAAAGCAGCCCUAUUACAGCUGCUUGCUCAGCAUCAGCCCCAGGAUGAUUCCAAAAGAGAAGGUGGUAUUGAUUAUCAAGCAGGAGACACUUAUUUGCCCGCUUCAGACUACAAAGACAACUUUGGAUCCUCUUCUUUCUCUUCUGCUCCAUAUGUUAGCAACGAUGGUCUAGGAAGUAGCUCUGCUCCACCACUGGAACGACGUAGCUUCAUUGGAAAUUCAGAUAUUCAGUCUUUGGAUAACUACAGUACUGCUUCAUCUCAUUCUGGUGGUCCACCUCAGCCUUCUGCCUUUCCUGAGUCAUUUCCUAGUUCAGUAGCUGGAUAUGGAGACAUUUACCUCAAUGCUGGUCCCAUGUUGUUUAGUGGAGACAAGGACCAUAGAUUUGAAUAUAGCCAUGGUCCUAUUGCAGUCCUGGCAAACAGCAGUGACCCUUCCACAGGGCCAGAGAGUACUCAUCCUUUGCCAGCAAAGAUGCAUAACUAUAACUAUGGUGGCAACUUACAGGAAAACCCGGGUGGCCCUGGCCUCAUGCACGGGCAGACCUGGACUUCUCCUGCCCAAGGACCUGGAUAUUCACAAGGAUACAGGGGACACAUUAGCACAUCAACUGGCAGAGGUCGAGGCAGAGGGUUACCGUAUUGAGUGUGUAUUUCCUCAGGCACAUCAUUUUUAUCUGGAAAGACUUUUCUAGCUGCAGUUUAAGGCAGCAAUCCAAGAGACUUGAAUAAUAUUAAUUCAACAACAGCUUUAUUUUUAUGUGGAGAAGGGUCUUGCAUACAAUUGUUUUAAGAAAAAGACAAAAAAAACACCUUUGCUUAAAUUCAUGCUGUUCUAAAAACUAGAUCUGUUGAUUGUACAUCUUCACAAAUUCUAGUUAACAAUUUUAUUUUGUAUUCUCGCAGUUUUAAGUGGAUGCUAAUCUUAGGGACAUAAGCCUUUUAUGGCCCUCUUGCUGAUCUUCUGAACUAUGCACAUUUGUGCUUUUUUGUAAGUUUGGACCAACUUUUAUGUAACAAACAGCCCCUCCCAGCCUCCCCUCCAGUUUUACAGCAAUCAGAAAGGGCACUGAUUUAUUUGGUAUUUUUCUUUUUACAAAGCUACCUUUAGUCAGAGGUCACUGUCAGUCUUUGCACCUGCUUUCAGUGUUAUUGUGAAAGGUGUACUUUGUGCUCAUUUCAGAAAAUAAAACACAACCUUUCUCUUGAUGCAAGUUUUAUAAAAAAAAAAAACAUGGUCAACGUUAUUUUUGUUUUGUUUUGCAGAUUAUCAUAGCCUAGCAAAAUGCAUUCAAAUGACAGUGGGUUUUAUAUGAAAAAUGUGGGUGGGUUGGGGAGGGUAAGUAAGUGCCUUAACAGGUAGGCUUAAGGUCUGAAGAAGUAGUUAACCUUUACACCCAUUUGUCUUUUAAAGGGAAUCCGUGCAUUGGAGAGGCAGGAAGCUCUCACGUUGUCAGGAGCUGCCUGUUCAGUUCCUGUUAGGUUCAUUCCCUCUGCCUGUCCCAUUUUCCCCUUUUCUGCCUGUCUUUGAGCUGUGUUACCUUUCACUACCACCUUCUCUUGAUAGGGGAGUGAGAGCAAAGAAAGGGAGUAGAACUGCAAUCAGCACCUUUUGUUACUUCUGAGAAGUUCUAAAAAGUUUUGUCUUUUAAUGGUUGAAAGUAAUAGCUACAUGAGUACCAAUUUCUUUCAGGCUGCCUUAUUGUUUCUGUUUCCAUUUUCCAUGGAUACUUGGAGGGCGGUAUUAUAGAAGCUAGGGUUAAUCACAGAAUCGGCAUAAUCUAUUGAAGUUCACUGUGGGGAGGGGUGGCAAACACCGUAUUUGAUGUUACGUAAUGCCAUUUUAAGAAAAAUCAACUCUAUUCACUGUACUUAUUAACUAGAAACAUUGCCUACAUUGAAUUUAUUGAAGCAAAAGGAAAAAAGGGAGAGAGAACCUCUUACCUUCCUUCCAUCUCACCUUCUGUAAAGUUUAUUAUGAUUUCUGCCAGUCUUAGAGCAACUUUAGUUUAAUAUUUUUUUCUUUAAUUGAAAGCAACAAAGAGUGAUGGAGUAACCCUUAUUUAAAUUGUAAUGGUGUCGAGUCUCACUAACUUUGGGUGCACACUCAGUCACACACACACAAUUAUAAUAAUUCUAGAAAGGAACCAAAGGUAAAUAACCAGUGUUUCCAUUAUCACUAAAUGGAAAAACAGACUCUGGAAAUCAGAGUUGUGCCAAUUAAUCAUUUUGUUUUAACUGCUUUAUUUUUUUAUUGGAGUCUUAAAUUGGAACAACUGUUAUAGAAUGGAAAUUGCUCCAGUUCUAAAGCCACUUAACCCUGUGCCCUCUAUCUGACUUGUGAACCUUCAUUUCAAAACAGCAUGUGGGAAGCAUUAGUUUGGUGACAGUAAGAAUAUUUUAAAGAAGGUAAUUUGCCGUUUUACUACUAUAAAAUGAGUUUAUAUCAGUUGACCAUUUUAUUUUUGAUGGAAUUUUUGUCAUUGGGGAGAAAAAAAUGAAAGAAAAUUUAUUUUGCAUUUAUUUGAAUAUUGAGUACUAACAACUUAUAAUAAAACUACAUUGCAGGAAGUGAAGAAAUAUUUUGAAAUUUAGCAAAAUAGCUACAGUAUUCAAGUAUCUGAACUUUUAAUAUGGUGAGUCUUAGAGCUUUAGACGUUCCUGUAAGUGACAAUAUCUAAGUUAUUCUUAAUAGUCACACUUGAUAAUUCUGCUGACCAUAAGCAGCUAACCUAAAAUUGAAGAUAUUUAUGUGACAUGAAUAGCCUGUGUUUUAAAAAUUAAAUAUUUUAUAUAAAAUUGAACUGUGUUUGGAUAGUUUUUCUAAUUGAACAUUUCAGUUAUAUAUUUAUGUUGGGAGAGUGGCUGGGAGGACAGGGAAAUUGUUGCUUUGAAAUUGAAAGUUUGAACUAUAGCUUCUGAUAUCCCAAGACAGUGUUACUUACUUGUGAGACAUACCAAAUAAGUAUUUUAUGUACCACUUAAAAGGAAAAAACGUUGCCAGUUAAACCACAGUACAAUACUAAGAUGCCAUCAACUAUAAGAUGUGUCCCAGACUCGAUGUUAUUAUAUGAAAUAAUGUGUCUUAUAAUUGAGGAAAUAUGAGAGUAAAAAGGCUUAAUUCAUCCCUCCAUAACAUUUAAUACUUUAAUUCAGUAAAUUUGGAUUAAUAAAAAAGCAGUGUUGGGAAAUCAUUCAUUCUGUAGGUUAUAAAAACUGCAGUGAUCACUAAGUAUUCUUGAGUGAAAUCUAAGAAACAUAAAAUACUGCUUAAGUUUUUUGGGAAGAAUCAGGUAAGUCAGAUAGCAAAUCAGAUGAAAAUCGAAAAGAUUGACCUACCAAAAGAAGAAAAUACUUAUUUUCUCCCAUGUGAAAUUCACUUUUGUGUUUCCUGACACAGCAGAUUUUUAUGUAUGCAACUCAUUAGGUUUCCCAUCUUCAUUAUUUGUUGGAGAGUUGCAUUCACCCUGAAAUUUUAAAAUACUCACUUCAAGGGUUUAUUGAUUAAAAUAGUUUGUGGAAUGUGAAUUAAAGUAAUACUUUAGCUGUGAUUCAGAGCUUCAUUCUGUCAGCAAAUACAUAUUCAGUACCUUCCAUGUUCCAGGUACUAUUCUAGUCCUUGGGAUACGUCACUAAACGUGAAAGACAUUAAAUCAUACUUCUAGUGGGCUGACAAUGAGCAAGUUUUUCAUGUCUGGAGAAGCUAGUGGUAUGUGCUGCUCUCAGCUGUGUCUAAAUUACACUUACGUGAAUCUAAGAAAAAAGUUGACUUUGUAAAAUUUUAAUUGAAAUUUGAAUAGAGAAAUAAGGUCUGGGAAAAAAAAGUACUGGAAAUUCAAUAAUGAAAACAAAUUUUAAGUUGAAUCUGGCCAAUUUGCAAUAGGCCAGUUUGUAAGAAAUACCAAGAUUUCUUGGGAAAAAUGAAAAGUGGAUGCUUCCAAACUAUUCUGACUGGUACUUCUGAAUUACGGUUUUCUGUAUUUGUCAUGAGAUUAAUCCAGUGGACCUUAUGGCUUUUUAUUUAGUUGUUAAGUAAAGCUGAAAUACAAGUCUUGAAUACAGAAUCUGUUGAUUCCCUGGGAUACUGGUUUUGAUAUUUUUAAAGUCUGAUCGGGAUGUCCCAAUAACCUAAAAUCAUCUGGUCAGACUCCUCACUUUACAACUAAGAAAAAUGAGACUUGGAGAGAGGAAACCUUUCUCUGGCAACUGGAUUGCCAGUGCUUGUCUGUGUAAGCCAUAUUUAAAUUCUGCAGUAAAUAGAUUUUUAAUAGGAAAAUUACCUGUUAAUAACUUGCCCAGUAUUAUAGUAAAAUAAGAUAAUUAAAUUUAGAAUACUGGACAAAUAGUUUAACACAAGUGGCUUUAAAAAGUCUACUUAAAAAAUAAUUUUAAUUCAGAAAAAAUAGGAAAAACAAAAUUUUAGAAAACUAAUUAGAAGGCUAUAGUGGCUGUUUGUUUCGUGGAUGGGUAGUCUUUAAAAAGGAGGGCUCUGCUUUUUUUUUGAAAGACCAGUAGGUACUUAAAUAUCUAACAAUUAGAUAAUAAGACUGAAUCUUUCAUUAAAAUGUAUUUUCUAUUUGUGUGAGGAGGGUUGGUAUCAGCAAGCUUCCAAACAAUUUGCUUUUAAAUUCUUUCAACAUUUUAUUAUUUCAAGUGGUUUUAUAUGAGGAGCAGUGGUUGGUCAUUUACCAGCGGCUUCUCCAGAUAAUUUCUUAAAUUGUUUCCAGUUUGUUUCCUUUUUUAGUAAAAGCUAUUAAUAAUAAGCUACCAUGGGGUCCAGUUGAAGAUGGGGAAAACAGAAAAUUUUAGUCAUAAUGAAAAGAAUUUGCCCUUUGAAUUAUGUAGACUAACAAAUUUUGUGGGUCUUCACUCAUUUCACCAUAUCAACUGUCCCAUUAAAAAAGAAUUUUCUAUUUCUAAUUGUAUUCAAAUGAGGCUCUGUAGUG